UGGUGUCUCUUGAUCGAUCAGUUGCUGACUUUGCGCGGCAGCGAACGGUAUUGCGUUUUCAAUAGUUAUUCCGGCUUCCAUUACCGUUACUGCAACCAGCGAUUGCGAUUUCGAUUGCUACAGCCACUGCGCAUGCGCGCCGGACUCCGAAUCGGUGGGGGAAAAACAGCGUCUAUUUUUUAUUUUUUUUGGUUUCGGUUCCGCCGGGAAGGCGAAGGUACACCACCGUACACCGUACACCGUACACCGGCUAUCGUAAUUGCCAUCGCCGGAGCGAGCGACCACACCAGACCCGACCAGACUGUAAUGUGACUUUGGGUCUGGCCCACGUGAACCAGUUGCCUCUCCAGUUUCCACACACAUCCACGUUCGUCCAGCUUCGAUCCGGGAUGCCCUACAAUCUGUGGCUGCGUCGGCGACUCCAGUUGCUGGCCUCGAUGCUGCUUUGCGCCCUGCUCGGCUAUCUUACCUCAUCGUCGGCCAAGCCGACGCUGUCGUUCAGCCUGCCGCAGGGACUGCAGGGCUUUCCAUCGUUUCAAUCGUUCACCCAGCAAAUCCUCGAGCAGCGGAGCGUGCGACAAAUGAAGACGUACAGCGGGAAGCGGCUGAGCAAUGACUCGCUCAUUAUGAUAUACUAUCACGAUCUGACCAUAGCCGUAACGGAGCUGGGCCCACAGAAGCUGCUGUUGGGCUGCGAACUGAUCGAAAUCUACAACGACAAGGAGGGAAAGAUGCUGCUGGAUGGACUCUCCCACUACAAUCGUCCGCUGGAGAUCAAGUUCGAUGAGAUGCUCAAGCUGAUGGACCAAUGCGAGCACGUGGACAAGCUGAGCUACGCCUCGCGUCACAAGGUCAAAUCGGAGGGUGGUGAUGAAAGGAGCAGCGGUGGUGCUGGUGGUGGUGCCAGCGGUGAUACAGCCCUAGCCAGUGGCAUCGAUGGCCUCAAGCUGUCCACCAACAUCUUUCCGCGCAGUCCCUUUUCCCUGCUCAGCGGCAUUAUACCAGGCACCAAGUGGUGCGGCACUGGCGACAUUGCGGAGACGUACAGCGAUCUGGGCAGCGAGAUGGCCAUGGAUCGGUGCUGUCGCCAGCACGAUCUCUGCCCGGUGAAGAUCCGUGCCUACCAGCCCAAGUACGACCUGAUGAAUGACUCCAUCUACACCAAGUCGCACUGCAUCUGCGAUGAUAUGCUGUUCAGCUGCCUGAAGAAGACCAACACCUCGGCCAGCCAGCUGAUGGGCUCCAUCUAUUUCAAUCUGGUGCAGGUGCCCUGUCUGGAGGGGCGCAGCAAUCAAUACAAGUUCCGGAAGGCCAAGGAGGGUUUCUAAGCGAAACAUAUAUACAGACAUACAUACAAAUAGUAUACAUAAGUGGGGGACAUUGGGGGCUGUGGGUGCGCUGGGGUUUCACUGUACAGGAUGGCAGAGACGGACUAUUUAUUGGUUGAUUGGCAAACGAUGAGGCCCACUUUUAUUACUGUUAUUGAUUAUUCUGUUAGGCAAUACAGAUAAACAUAAGUAGAGUUGCAAUUCAUUAUCCUUUAUACAUGCAAAUAAUAAUA